AUGUCCGGAGGAGACAUGGCCAAACCCCUCCUGGGCCAUCGGAGCACAGAGGGAGACCCCAGCAUCACGCCUGCAGCCGGCCGCACCAUCGGGGUGCUGGGCAGCGGGGACUUUGCGCGGUCGUUGGCCAUCCGCCUGGUGUGCUCCGGAUUCAAGGUGGUGGUCGGCAGCCGCAACCCGAAGCGCAAAGCCGGUCUCUUCCCUUCUGCAGCAGAAGUCACCUUCCAGGCCGAGGCGGUGAAGAAGACGGAUGUCAUUUUUGUGGCGGUUUUCAGGGAACAUUACUCCACCCUCUGUGACCUGGCUGAUGUGCUAGCGGGCAAGAUCCUGGUGGACGUUAGUAACAACACUGAGAUCAACCAUCACAAAGAAUCCAACGCCGAGUACUUGGCUUCCCUGUUCCCAGCCUGCACCGUGGUCAAGGGGUUUAACGUGGUUUCUGCAUGGACGCUGCAGUCAGGUGCCAGGGAUGGAAAUAAGCAGGUUCUGAUUUGCUCAAAUAACCAAGAAGCCAAGCGCACUGUAGCAGAAAUUGCUCAAGUCAUGGGAUUCACCCCUGUGGACAUGGGCUGCAUGUCAUCAGCCUGUGAGAUCGAGAACAUUCCCUUGCGCCUCUUGCCAGCCUGGAAAAUCCCCAUCUUUUUGGCUCUGGGGCUCUUUCUGUGCUUCUUCACUUACAACCUGGUCCGGCAGGUCAUCCACCCUUACAUCAGGGAGCAGAAGAACAAGUUCUACAAGAUCCCCAUCGAGGUGGUCAACACAACGCUGCCUUGCGUGGCCUACGUCAUGCUGUCUCUCGUCUACCUGCCCGGGGUGCUGGCAGCCUGCUCGCAGCUCUACUAUGGCACCAAAUACAGGCGCUUUCCAGAUUGGCUUGACCAGUGGCUCCAGCACCGAAAGCAGAUUGGUCUCCUCAGCUUCUUCUGUGCAGCUUUGCAUGCCGUGUACAGCCUCUGUCUGCCCAUGCGCCGCUCCCACCGCUACCAGUUAAUCGAGACAGCCGUCAAGCAGGCUGUGGAGAAGAAGAUGAAUGUCUGGGUAGAGGAGGAAGUCUGGAGGAUGGAGAUUUAUAUCUCUGUUGGAAUAAUUGCCCUGGGCUUGCUGUCGUUACUUGCCAUCACUUCACUUCCAUCCAUCGCAAACUCUCUCAACUGGAGGGAAUUCAGUUUCAUUCAGUCCACCCUUGGGUUUAUUGCCUUGGUAAUCAGCACUCUGCACACACUCACGUACGGAUGGUCGAGGGCCUUCGAUGAGAACCAGUACAAAUUCUACCUGCCUCCGACCUACACCCUCACGCUGCUCGUCCCAUGUACUGUGAUCCUAGCAAAAGUCAUCUUCAACCUGCCCUGCAUCCAGCAAAGACUUCUGCGAAUCAGGAGGGGCUGGGAGAAGGGAAGAUACGUGAAGUUUGUUCUGCCCAGCGCAACAGGGGAAUAUUCAAGCGGGGAGACCUCUAGCAAUGUCUAACAGAGCCCCAGCGGUGACAGAGGAUUUCAAAGCACUAUCAACAUUUCUAUAAAGG